AUCGUGUCCAAAAAAUGCUGAAGAAUCCCAAAAACGCCGCCAUGUAUAUCGCCCGCUACUUCUCCGAUCUCGACUGGCGCCUCCUCCUCCUACUCAUCCCUCCCCUCUCUCUCAUAGUCUUCUUCUCACUCUCCUCCGCCCCCUCCAACCCCCUAUCCCCAAUCCGAUCCUUCAUUCUCGGCCGUACGAUCCUGCAGCCCCAGCAGCACAGCGUAACCGUCAACUCAACCGUCGCGCCGUCGUGGAAGGAUGAGCUGGAUCGGUCGAGAAUUGCGGUGUGCCUUGUGGGUGGGGCCCGGAGGUUCGAGCUUACCGGGCCGUCGAUAGUGGAGAAGAUUCUGAGAGAGUAUCCGAAUUCGGAUCUUUUCUUGAACAGUCCGAUGGACCAGAACGCCUUCAAAUUCUCGCUUCUUAGGUCUGCGCCGAGGCUCGCGUCCGUCAGGAUUUUCCGGCCGAAACCGAUGCCUGAGUCCGAGUUGCAGCUCCGAGUCUUGACCGCCCACAACUCCCCAAACGGCAUCCAGGGUCUUUUGCAAUAUUUCAAUCUAGUGGAAGGCUGUCUAACUCUAAUUCAAGAGUACCAGAGGAAGAAGAACUUCACCUACGACUGGAUAGUCCGAACCCGAGUCGACGGGUACUGGAACGCCCCGCUCGACUCAAAAUUCUUUGUACCGGGCAAGUACCUAGUCCCUCCCGGUUCCAACUAUGGCGGACUCAACGACCGUCUUGGUAUCGGGGACCUCAACACCUCCACAGUGGCCCUCUCUCGCCUCUCACUAUUACCCCAGCUCGACGCUGCAGGGAAGCACCAGCUCAACUCGGAGACGGCGUUCAAGGCCCAGCUCACCACCCAAGGGGUGACUCCGGUCUUAAAACGACUCCCGUUUUGCAUAGUUUCAGACCGCAAGUAUGAUUUCCCGCCUGCGCGUUUUGGAGUUCCGGUUGCAGCCCUGUCGAGCCCAGGCCCAUUGAGUGGGGCGAAAUGCAGGCCUUGCAAGCCUGUGUGUCAAGGCCCAUGCGUAGGGGACGUGAUGGAGGGCCUGUACAAAGGAUGGAGCUGGACGGACUGGGCCAAUGGAGCGCUCGAGCUUUGCAAUGCGCAUGCGGAUUGGGAGAAGGGUUGGGAGAAAAUAUUUGAUAGAGUAGCUGGGAAGAAAAAGAGUGCUGAGCGAAAACGAGUGUGGAGUUUGACGGUGGACAAGUGCAUUGCUGAUUUUAAUCAGAUGAGAAACCGGACCGGGAUCUGGGACACCCCGCCGGUCGACGAGAUUUGUAAGACAGGGAUCAGUUCGGGUCCUAAGUGAAGCUACAAGCUCCUUACAAUACACGAAACUAACCAAAACAAAACAGCAUACAAGCACAGGCAUAGAGGGAUAUUUUUGGCUCCUGUAGAAUUUCUCUUUUGUUGUAGUGUAUAAUGUUUUUGACUAAUAUAUGAUUUAUGGUGGUGAAUUUUUCAAAGAAAAGAAGAAUCUGAU